GCAGUGCAGAGCUGCUGAAGUGUUGCUUGAUGGUGACUUCUAAUUUGUCUAAGUGCCGUGUUGUUCCUCAAACUUCCUGUCACCCGCAAUUGUGACAACACCCCCCUCGGACAGUUUUCUCAGAAUUGCAAUGCAAUGUGAAAAUGACACUGUAUAAGCAGCUGUCAGACACAUAGUGAUCAGAACAGAUCACUUUAGAUAACAAAGCCAGAUCAGCAUCAUCAGUUCUACACUGAAGACAGCAUGAAGACUCUCAGCUUCACAGUGGGACUCCUGCUGCUGCUCGCUGCUUCCUACUGCACUGCCAUGCCACAUGGAGUGAAUGAAAUAGCACCCGUACGGUGCUGCUUCAAAUUCUAUACAGGAGGGAUCCGGCAGGCAGAAAUUAUCAACAUCAUCAAGACUCACAGCAGCUGUCGUGAAAAGGGAUUUGUGGUCAGUACUACCAAAGGGAACGAGAUCUGCGUCAGCCUGAAUCUGAAAUGGGCACAGAGAGCUUUCAAUCAACAGCAAGCCGAUGAGGUUUAAUGAUUUAUUUUUUGCUGAGUACUUUCAUGCAGCUACGAACUAUUUCAAUGAUUAAUCCCAAAGACCCUUGUUUUGCUCUAUUCUUGAUAAUCACAUUUUCAUUUUACAAAAUGUAUUGAUAUAUGGAUUAAUAAAAUUAAAAAUAAAUAUGUAUAAUUAUAUUGUAAUGCUGUAUUAGCUGAGAACUGUCCCAGAUUGAUGUUGAAAUGCUUCUUAUAGUGAUUUUUCAUUUUUUAAUUGCAUGGGUACAGGAAGUCUGUCCCUUUUCAUAUCUUACAAAGAAGUAGAGGACCUGCACAUUGUCAAAUGGAACUUUUUAUCAUCAGUGAUUGUAUCUCAUUCUUUCUCAUGUCUAAAUUAAAUGGCAGACAUGUCAUUAUUUAGAAGAGGUCACAAAACAACCGGUCACAGUGGGGCCACAGAAUGUGUGAUUUAAAUAAAAAUAUUAUUACAUA